UAAUAAUACAAAAACAAGUCAAGCCUGAUCACCACCAGGAAUAUUUUAGAAUUGCAAGUAUACAUAUAUGUAAUUCUUAAAUAAUUGUUUCAAAAAUUAACGUACAUUUAUAAUGGAAUCACCUUGGUCCAUCAGGACGGACUUAAGUUGCAUUGAAUUUAUAAAUAAAGGUUCGUUUGGUGAGGUUUAUUUAGCACAAGGAAAAUACGACAAAGUUCGCUACGCCAUUAAACGAAUUUCCAUUGGUAGCUUCAUUUCCAAAACUCGUCCAACUCCUAAAUCAGCGGAAGAAGCGAUAAGAAAAAUCCUUAGAGAAGUUCAAAUCCUAAUCAAACUUGGAGAUAGUCCAUAUGUCGUCCGAUACUACGAUUUCUGGAUUGAGGGACCUCUCAAAAACUACUUUGAAACCUUGUUACUUUCCAACAAUAAAGAUGAAGAAAAUCCAACCGUUAGCAGGCAAAUUUUGUACUCCAUGGACUCGUCUGGAAAUCCAGAAAUCACUUCGGCUGAAAUGAACACACACCUGUACGUAAAAAUGGGAUACUGUGAUACAACAUUAAGCGAAUGGAUUAAAAAUCGCAAUCAUAAAGGUUACGGUGACCUCCACCAAGUUUCUGUAAUUGAUGCAAACCGAAUAAUAUUACAAAUUUUAAGCGGGCUUGCCUUUAUCCAUGCACAAAAUAUAAUUCACCGAGAUUUAAAACCGAGCAAUAUUUUUCUAUCUACCGGGACAGAACUACAAGUUAAGAUUGGAGAUUUCGGGCUAUCACGUCAGCAUCUCUUCAAUAAAGCGUCAAUUGACGACCCCGUGUCUCUGACUUCUGUUCCAGUAGGGUGCUUGUACUACAGGAGCCCAGAAAUGAUGAAGCGGAAUUCAGACGAAGAUGCGAUAGAAACGUACACUUCAAAAACGGAUAUUUUCUCAGUCGGCUUAAUUUACUUGGAACUAUUACACCCGUUUAGAAAUGAUAUGGAAAAACUUGACAUUUUUGAGAUGCAUAUUCAGCAAGGGGAUAUUAAGCAUUUACAACUCCUCCCAUUUAUCGAAGAGAGAGAAAUUGUGGCACAAAUGAUAGCUUUUGAUGCAAAUGAGAGAAUAGAUGCAGAAACAGCUAUAAAAUUAAUCAACCGAGACUUUAAUGCUCCGGAUGUGGACCCUCCUGCCAACAGUAUUUCGUUAAGUUAUCCUAAAUUUGAAGCAAGAGCUGACACGAGUUCCAAAAUCUCUGUUCUCGAAAUUAUUAAGUCUGAUCUGACUGCAGUUACGGAGACUAUUGAAAAUAUUCAAAUACAAGAUGUUCGGGGACAAACUCAAGUUAUGAACUUGUCAGGAAUCCUUCCACUUAUAGAUGAAUUAAAGAAGAAUUUGAUUAAACUGCGGGGUGAUAAUCAAAUCCAUAAUGUUGAGGAUUCCACUUCCAACGCUGCCUCAGUUUACAAUAAGCAAAUCAUCCUGCACGACCAGAAAAUUGUAGAAAAUCCUUUCAGUGAUUGCACAUGGGUCCGUGAGCUGAUAUUGUACUCUGUCAACAUUGAACAAACUACCCUUCGAAAAUUACUAAGAAACAUUCAUGGCCUGCAAGUUUUUAAAUUUCUUGCUGAAAUGCCAAAGGCCGGAUUCAGCAUUAUAGAUUUGGAUUUGCCACAAGAUUCCUCCCUUCAAAGCAUUACGUUCAAAUAUGUCAAUAUUUUCCUAGACGGGAGAAUUCCAAGCGCGUUUAAAACCGUUAAAGUAUUAAAAAUAUGGAUGUGUCAAGUGGAAGAGGAUUUUAUUGCAGAGUUUCAGAGAUAUUUCGAAAACAUUGAGUAUCUUGAAAUAUCUGGGUGUGUUUUUGGACCUGUGAAAGGGAUUCAUGGUAAAGAUUUUGACAUUUUGUUGCGCCACAACAGCUUAAAUGCAAUUUUCGUUGGACCAUGGACCAAUCCAGGGUUUAAUAAGGAAGUUCAUAAACCGAUGUUGGAUUCAAUUUGGAAACUAUUGGAAAUCCCAAGCUAUUCUUGGACGACAUUGGUUAAGAAGGGCAGAAAUGGAAUUUGGUCUUAUGCUGGAGAAAAUAAGUUGGACAUUACAUAAAUAAUCACUUAUAUGUAAAACUGCAGAAAAAUCAAUAUUCAUGGACACCAGAUAUUCAUUGAGAACUUUUACUUUGUUACAAAUUAAUGAGGGAGUUCCGUGCGUAUCAUUUUCUUUUAUCGUUUAUUAAAUGCACGAAUGGUUGUUGGCUAACACUAAAUUUCCUAUAAAUUUUCAUAUGUAUGAAACAUUUAGGAAUGUACACUAUAGAAUUAUAUAUGUAUGUACUUCAGUUUAUAUGCAAUGGAUUGUAAAUCUUAAUAAAUAAUCAGGUUGUCAAAGUUUAGGAAAUAAAUUUCUGCUCAAUAGAUUUUCUUUGGUAAGGUAGCAGAAGCUAGAGUUAAAUCGCAUUACAGUUCUACGAUACUUUUGUUGUUACACAUACAUAUGUGUGCAGAAGUACUCUGAUUCCAUUCAUGCAUCUACAUUAUGUAACGAUGUUUAUAAAUAAGCAAGGAUGAGUAAUUUUAUAAAUUGGCGUAGAAACCUCAAACUUGGCGUGAGGAUGGAGGCAAGAUUCCUACUUUCGUAGACUCUUUAGAGUGAAUUGUAGGUUUAAAGCAAGCCAAAGUAUAUUUCAAGUUUUAAUUGUAAUCUCAAUUUUAGCUGUAUGUAUAAAUGUCUUGCCGAUGAUAAAUACAUAUGUAUAGUACAUGCAUACAUACAUACAUACGUUCAUAUACAUACAUAUUUAAUUAUUUACAUACAUAAAUGAAUAAUAAUACGAAUUACGCAAUAACUAUUAAAACCCAUCAUGGCCUGACACACCUCAAGUUGACAACUCAUCAAAAUAUGGCCACAAAUUAAUAAAUGAUUUAAUCUCAGGUUAUCAAAACAAUUAUCAACGGAUGGAAUUUCCAGAUAUAUAUUUACAUAUGUAAAUAAAAUCAGGGUGAAUGAAAGGUGAAACUACACAUGCUGUGCGAAUCCCAUUCUAGCAAGAGAUUGAAAAUUGAACAUUUGAUCAUAAAUUUCAACGUGUUACAAAAAGUCAUGAAAAUUUUAUUGUACACAAUUUUACUAUGUUACUUGCGAGAAUCAUGGGCUGCUCAAGUCCUGCUUUCUCCACAGCUAACUAAUUGGGGAACCUGGGGCGAAUUUGAGUAUUGCCCAGAAGGGUCAAAAGUGAUUGCAGCCCAAAUCAAAGUAGAACUAUGGAGUGGUGGAUUGAUUGAUGAUACUUGUCUCAAUGGGAUAAAACUCAUUUGUGGGCAGGUUGGUGGGGGUGUCACGAGAAACAUUACUUCCAAAGUUGGCCAGUUCGGAUCUUACAAACCUACAGUCCACUCCUGUAACGGAAAUGGAUUCAUGACCGGAUUUAUGCUCAGAGUCGAGGAAGAAGGAGGUGCAAUAAUUGAUGAAACGGCUACGAAUAAUCUGCGCAUUUUAUGUUCUGGCAGUCCCAAUGGAUUUAUUGAAUUGGAAGGUGAGCGUUGGGGAGAAUGGACGAAUCCUAGGAUUUGCGAUAGUCACGAGUACAUCUGCGGGUUGCAGACACAAGUGCAAGAUGGACAAGGAAUAACUGUUGAUGACACCUCCCUCAAUAACAUACGAGUUCAAUGUUGCGAUCUUUCUCAAGAGGAUUUGCUAUUCUACGGGAUAAAAAAGGAGCAGAAUGGAGUCAUAUAAAGUAUUUGUGGAUAGCCUCCUUAGACUAAGGAUUAGGUUCAUGAUUUUUUUAAUUCUGUUACAUUUGGAUAUAUUUACGAAUAAAAAAUAAUUUACAUUUAUGUA